AUGACUUCCCCGUGGGGCGCUGAGAGGACACGGCCGUGGCUGGGCCGCUCUCCCGCCCGCGCCAUUCGCGCUCCCGGGGCCGCUCCGUCCCCGCCGCCCGCGAAGCCUUCGCGGCGCUGCCACGUGCGGCCGGCGGGGCGGCGCCGGGACAGACCCUGGGCCUGGCCCCCUCAGGAGCGCAGCCGCUCGGAGCCUCCAGCGGGGCUUCCCGCCCUCCCAACACAGCAUAAGCCCGAGGUCCCGAAGCCGCCCGUGCGCCCGCCAGGAAAGUACUUACGGACUCCGUGUCCGACGGGGCCACGAAGCAUCCGACGCACGGGUCAGUCAUGGCGCGGCCCGAGGCGGCCCAAGCCGGCGGCAGCGCCCGCCCUGCUCGCGGAGGGAGUGGUGCUGUCCCCCCGUUAUUUAACGGCCGCCGCCCCGCGCCGGGGGCGGAUGACAGGCGGGUUUUGUCACCUGCCACCCCGGGGGCCGCCCCCGCCCCGCCCGCCGCACCUGGGCGCGCUUUGCAGCCCCCUGAGCUCGGGCCAUAGCGCCGGGUGGCGGCCGCUCGGCCACGGGCUGCCCCUCGGCCGGGCCCCGGGGUGCCUUCGCCAGGCUCUGGGAGCCACUUCGGACUUGGAGGCUCCAGGCUUGGAGAAGGCCACGGCUCGGCUGCGAUGGGGAGCGAAGUCUCUGGCGGGGAAUGGUACCUGGGGGGCGGCUCCGCAGAGCCCCGCGCCCACUGAGGGAACGUGCUCGGGCCCCUCUGAGGCUUCCACAGCUAAGAGGAGCCACCAGUGUUGUGAGAAACAGAAAAUGGAGUUGUUGUCUGAAUUCCUUUAUCUUCUCAAGAAGAUACACGUAUUUAGAAAUAGUGACUCAAAGGGCAGCUGGAAAAGAAGGCAAGCAAUUCUGGCUUGAAGGAGUUCAGUCUAGCUAACUGAGUGGGAAAAACAAUGCUGAAGGAGGAAUUUUUUCCUAAGGAGAACUGGUGAAUGUGCAAGGUUAUGUUAUCAUUCAACCAGACAAUGGGCCUGAAGCAAAUACAGAGCAUAGGACUUCUGAGCAUGGCAAGAGACCGUGAAGCAGCAGCAACAGAGCACCAGUUCCACUUGGUGUUCUUUUUCUUCAUUCUUCUGAAGAAUUUCUGCCUGAAGCACAGCUACAGUACACUCAUAAAACAUAUCAAGGAAAUACCUGUGUAAUUAACGUUUACUAAAGCAAAAGCCCAAACCUGCAUUCUGCCCAUUCCAAACUUCUGCUGACUUCACGUAAACGUAAGUGCUCUAAAAGUAUCCUAAUUUCUUAUAAAAAACAAAAUCAGAGUUUAUAGUAGUGUAAGAAAGCAUAAACCUUGCUAAUACAGUACCUAUAUAACAUUAGUAGCAAUCAGGUCAGCAUGGAUAGUGUGAAAUAUGCAACAAAAGUCAUGGAUGUUAACAGAAAUUAAAAUGUGAUUCAAGUGGGAUUUCAGUGAUGGACCCUGGCAUGUUCUGCUAAAAGUAGCUGGCUGCAGAGCCAGGGAGUGUGGAAGAGGUUUUUAGGUGAACUAAAUGAAAGGUUAUUCAUUCCUCAGUUGACACAAAAGUAAAACAAUUCUACACGAAUGAAUGUACCAGUAUUUUCAGUCCCUGAUACUUAGAGCACUUAAUAUUUAGAAUAUUAAACAUUUGCAUAUUAUUAAGUGGGUGAAUAGCUUUCUGCUUGUUUGACUGUUAAUAGAUAUUACAGUUUGUUAGAAACAUGCUAAACCUAUACAGGAGACUGCUGAGACUGCUUCACUGUCACAGUACAAAGUACACAAGUACUGAUCCAGUACUUCAGUAGUAAUUUUAAGUAUGGCACUUUGUUAAUACUAAAAUAAAGUAAAAGUUAAUGCAACAGUAAAGAGGAUAUCUAGACAUUUAAUUAACUCAUAAUUUGAAAUGCUUUUCGUUAUUAUUAGUUCAAUUUAUAAAAGCACCACUUUUAAAUUAGGUGGGUUUAUGUGUAGUUCUUCUCUACUUACUCUACCUACUUACCAGCACAGGAGAUUUUUAGAAGAUAAUGAGAAAGAAGUCUUUCCCUUCAUUUUCAGUUAAUUUUGUUUUGUGCUUACCACAACAGUCUCAUUUGAACUGAUGGAUCCAGUUGUUGCAAGAAGAAACAACAGGAAAAGAGCAGAUGCCGGUUCAGAUUUCUGGACACUCCCAGGAAUUUUUUGCUUUAGGUAAAAUACUAAGAACUGCCCAGGAGCUCUGGGACUCAACGGGCCACUCUGGUGAAAGAGGUCAGAUUGCACUGAGAAGCAAGAGACACAGAAGGGUGUCAUUUCAUACACAUGGUUGCUUCCUGCACAAAACUGCUUCUCAGCUCCAGAUGCGUUUGUGGAAAAAAAAAAAUCACCAGGGAGCAACUAGAAUUUAGAAAUUAUAAUAUAAAUUAAAAGUGAUAUCAGAGCUAUUGGGAGUUUGUUUAAGGCAGAUUUUAGUCUGGCAUCGUACCUUAACACACCCGAAGAUAUACAGUCAGCCCCAGAGCUAUGGGGAAAAGCAGAACCAUCACGCAGCAAUCAGUCAUUUUUUAAAGUACCACAUGGGGCAUAUGGCAGAGAAUGGAGGUUAUUCUGCCUACAGUACCUAGUGCCAAUACAGUGUUCUUUUAGGGGCUGAUUCAGAAGUCAGAUGAUGGAGAAGGGACUGGGUUUAUGUCCAAAUGUGUAAGGUUUUGGGGACCUUACCAAAGGACAGAGAAAUCAGAUACAAAAUGCUGGCCCCGGUGAGGGCUACUGCAAAUUCCCCAGCUGUUCAAGGUGGACCAGAUCAUUAGUGAUUAAGUGCCCCUGCAGCUCUGCAGAAGUCAAAUAAGCUUCAGUUUCACCCUGUUGGCCACAGUCUUGAUCUGGUGACAGCUGAAAUCUUUGUAAGUUAUUUUUCAGUAAUCUCAGUGAGCUUUAAAACAUUUGGGAUCUGCAGCCUUUCACCUGUAGUGAACAGAACUACCUGUGCAUCUGAUUUUCACGUCCAUGCAAGUAAUGUUAAAAUAAUUUUACCAGUUUGUUGGAAUUAUAUCAGUAGUUUCAUUUAAGCCUGUAAGUGUAUGGAAGUUGCAUCUGAUUAACCAGAGGUGGUUUUACGCAGAGAGAAAGAGAAAUUCUUAUUGCUUUUCUCCCGUGUAGCAAUGUAUAUUAAAGUAGGAUUGUCUUCCAUUCUAGGGAAAAGAAAAAAAAAUGUUUAAAUGUCAAUGAGAGGAAUGUUGAGUCAAAAUGCCUUCCAAAAUUCUCUCUGCAGACUCAAAAGAGCCUUGGUUUGAUGUGGCCUCUGCCUUUUUACCAGCUAAUCAAGGUCCACUGGGACUGGAGAUGGGUUCCAAGAGAAUACGAUUAAUUAGAUGCAUAUUUUCUGCUGUAUACAACAGAUCACACCCAGCUGCACAGCUUUUCUCAGCCAAUGAAUACAACUAGGGCCAUUACAGAAUUUUCCUCAGAAGCCAACAUGUUUAGAUCAUUAACUGUUUAUGAGUAAAGUAUCUGCUUUGCAUGA